UCUACUCAACUUUGCUAACUCAGUUUUGUUGAGCAGCGGUGCCCACAAGCCCGCGUGCAGCUUCGAUCAACAUGAACUCAAAAUUUGCACCAAAAUGGAUUGCGCUGCUUUUGCUAGGACUCUUGCUUCUGCAAGUAGAUAGAGUCUCUGCGAAGGAUUACUAUGAGCUUCUGCAGGUGCCCAAAGGAGCCAGUGAGGCGCAGCUUAAGCGCGCGUAUCGUAAGCUGGCGCUGCAGUACCACCCGGAUAAGGUGACGGGUACGGAGGAUGAGAAGAAAGUAGCUUCGCAGCGAUUUGCGGACAUCAACCAUGCCUACGAGGUGCUGUCCGACCCUGAGAAGCGGAAGAUCUACGACCAGUACGGCGAGGACGGACUGAAGCAGGCGCAGCAGCAGGGCGGUGGGCACGGCGGUGGCAACGACCUGUUCAACUUCUUUUUUGGUGGCUUUGGUGGGGGCCAGCAGGAGGAGGAGGUGCGCAAGGGCCACACCAUCUACGUGGACCUCUACGUCACCCUGCGCGACCUGUACGUGGGCAAGGAGCUGCAGGUGGUGCGCGACAAGGCUGUGAUCAAGGAGACCAGCGGCACCCGCAAGUGCAACUGCAAGACCAAGAUCAUGACGCGGCAGCUGGGCCCCGGCAUGUUCCAGCAGUUCCAGACGCAGGAGUGCGGCACCUGCCCCGCCAUCAAGCUGGAGCGCGAGCAGGAGCCCAUCACCGUGCACGUGGAGCCGGGCAUGGUGAAUGGACACCAAAUCACGUUCUUCGAGGAGGGCGAGCCGCUGGUGGACGGCGAGCCCGGCGACCUGGUGUUCGUGGUGCGCCAGGCGCUGGACGCGCGCUUCGAGCGCCGCGGCCACGACCUCAUGCACAACUACACCAUCAGCCUGGUGGACGCGCUCACGGGCUUCUCGCACACCAUCGACCACCUGGACGGCCACAAGGUGACGCUGUCGGCCACAGGCGUGACCAGGCCCGGCGACUACCACCAGAUCAAGGGCGAGGGCAUGCCCGUGCACAGCCAGGAGCCCAAGCGCGGCGACAUGUGGGUGCAGUACACAGUCGCCUUCCCGCCCUCGCUCACGGAGGAGCAGAAGGCGGCGGUGCGCACGCUGUUCGGGUAAAGGGCUGGGUGGGGCUGGCGUUGGUGGUAGCGGUGGCGGUGGCACAGCAGCAGUGCAGGAUUCGUUCGGGGUGCUGAGUCGGCGCCGGGAGUGGCUGUAAGUGUGGCUGUGUGAGAUGUGGUGAGAAGGUGGACUGAGUGCUUUCGGCAGGGCGGACCGGUGCGAUACGGUAGCUGACAUAUGAAAGGGGGCUCCAUUUUGCCCGGUGCGGGGCAACCCUCGCGUUCCUUGAUGGCAAUGCGUAAGCUGUUUGUGUGGCGGCCGGCCUAUGGACCGCCCGUGGUGGAAGCUCCGAUAAGAGCAGGUGGGAGUGGAGCGGGAGCAGCGCGUGCGUAGCUUACAUUUUGGGCUACAUCCGAUCACCCGGUUUGUGAGAGCGAGCGAACUGGCCUGUAAAGUAGCCGUGGCCGCACGUGGCCAGCAAGUGUAACCUAACAAACUG